AACCUUGUUUAGAAAGAUUGCUCAAGCACUACCCGGCAUGGAUAACACUGUUGGUGAUGCUUCAAAAGACCAGAUGCAAAAAGUUGAUUUAAGUAGUACAACCACCGAAGCGAGCAAUUGCUCGUGCUAAAACCUUUAGCUUUUCUUUUAUGAUAUCAACAAAUUUAACUAUCAUAGCCAAUGAGAUGAAAAAGUUUUCUUUUGAUAGAUACAGCUCUCAUAAAGCAAGAAUACCAGAUAUGACAUUUAAGCGACAGAAUACACUCUAUGUUGUACUGACAUUUUCAUUGUCUGCUGUCGCGCCACUGGUGCAACUAAUAUACCAUGCUUGAGAGGCAAAAGCAGGGCGAUAUCGGAACAAACGAAGCAUAGACCUGUCCGAAUAGCUUGGAAAUGGUAUUCAGUUCUAAUGUGGCAA